AGCUUAUUUGGCUCGAGCUUCAGAUCAAUUUGAGCCAUGGGCGAGCACCCGAAGCUUGGAAUACGGCUGAACAGGAUCUGCUGCAUCGGAGCGGGCUAUGUGGGCGGCCCCACCAUGGCGACCAUUGCAUUGAAGUGCCCACAGCUGGAGGUGGUGAUUGUGGACAUGAAUGAGGACCGUAUCAACCGAUGGAACUCCGACGAUCUCCCCAUCUAUGAACCAGGUCUACCUGAGGUGGUGAAGGCCUGUCGUGGGAAGAACCUGUUUUUCUCCACCGAUGUGAAAAAAGGCAUCGAGGAGUCAGACAUCAUUUUUGCUUCGGUGAACACUCCGACGAAGACGCAAGGUGUGGGGAAAGGCCGAGCCGCAGACUUGCGAUACAUUGAAAGUGUGGGGCGUACGAUUGCUCAGUACGCGAACCGGAGCAAGAUCGUCAUUGAGAAGUCUACAGUUCCCAUCAAAACCGCAGAGGCGAUCGCGCGGGUCUUGUCGGCCAAUGAGACCGCGAACGGCGGCCACAAAAACUUUUGGAUCCUUUCAAAUCCAGAGUUCUUGGCCGAAGGCACAGCCAUGAAGGAUUUGGAUGAGCCCGACCGCGUGCUCAUCGGGGGCCAAGAGCAGGAUGCCAUCAUGGUCCUCGCAGAUAUUUAUGCGAACUGGGUCCCAAGGGACCGGAUCCUGAUGACGAAUUUGUGGAGCUCGGAGCUAUCCAAGUUGGUGGCCAAUGCGAUGUUGGCCCAGCGUGUGAGUAGUAUAAAUUCCAUCUCGAGGCUUUGUGAACGGACUGGAGCCGAUGUGAAGGAAGUGGCGCGCGCCAUUGGCACAGAUUCCCGCAUCGGGCCAAAGUUCCUGAAUGCCUCGGUAGGCUUUGGUGGCUCAUGUUUUCAGAAGGACAUUCUGAAUCUGGUCUAUAUUUGCCAGCAGUUUGGCUUGGAUGAAGUGGCUUCCUAUUGGCAGCAGGUGGUGGACAUGAACGACCACCAAAAAUCUGCCUUCACUGGCAAGAUCAUCCAGUCGUUGUUCAACACCGUGACCAAGAAGAAGAUCGCUAUUUUGGGUUUCGCCUUCAAGAAGGACACCGGGGAUGUGCGAGAGACUCCGGCACUGAUGGUGUGCGACAUGUUGAUGAAAGACGGUGGCCUCGUGUAUGUCUAUGACCCCAAGGUGUUGAUUGAGGAUGCCUUGACCGAGUUCAAGUAUCACGAGAUUGAGGUCAACACCGACCAAUUUAUUUUCUCCAAGAGCCCAGAAGAGGCUUGUGAAGGUGCGCAUGCAAUUGUCGUGCUCACCGAGUGGGACGAAUUCAAGACGUAUGACUACAAGAAGUUCUACGACAAGAUGAUGAAGCCAGCCUUCCUUUUCGAUGGCCGGAACAUGUUGGAUCACGCAGAACUGGAAAAGAUUGGUUUCGAAGUGCACGCCCUUGGAAAGGGCACAGGGUCAAGCCAGAGAUCGAAGAGUCCCGACUUCGUGAUGAGGGCCAGUAGUGGACUCCUACCUAGCGGCGGAUACUGACCUUGACCCAAUGCUGUGGCAUGAAGACUGACAGCAAGCUUCAUUGUCACCUAACCUGUGUGUGUGUGUUCACAUAGCAAACUGAC